AUGUUUCCAGAGGGGUUGAAAACAACUAGAGAACCACAACAUCACAAGACCACAACAUCAACCUCAUCUCAAUCGCAGUCAUCUGAUAUUGGAAAAUCAUCAAAUGACCCUAAUAAAGAGGAAUUGAAAACAACUAGAAGACCACAACUUCACGACAAGACCACAACGUCAACCUCAUCUUAUUCGCAGUCAUCUGAUAUUGGGAAAUCAUCAAAUGACCCUAAUAAAGAGGAAUUUAAAACAACUAGAAGACCACAACUUCAGGACAAGACCACAACGUCAACCUCAUCUCAUUCGCAGUCAUCUGAUAUUGGGAAAUCAUCAAUUAACCCUAAUAAAGAUAAUUCUGUCACCAAAUCUACUGUUAAUUCUUCUGUUUACAUAGCGAUUCUCAUAUCUCUGUUGCUGAUUGUUGUAAUUUUGCUGUUUUAUUUGAGAAGAAAGUAUAAAAAGCCAAAUAUGCCAGCACUAUCACAACAGAUUAAUAGUACUGCUAAUAAUCACAACCACAUACAGACGAAUAGAAAUAAUGAUGAAUCUCAUGGUAACCAACUUCUAUAUGCUGAAUUAGAUUUGAAGAGACCACAAAAUAUAACUGUUAAUAAAAAGGAAGACGAAGUGCUGUAUGCUGAAGUGAAUCUCAUACAACAAACAAAGGGCAUCCAGAAAUUAAAAUAAAUAUGCAACAAGGAACACGCACGCAGGGAAGAAAUAAAAUUUUAGAAAUAAAACAGCAAUCCAAACUUAACAGCACUUAUAUCGAACCCUUGUUAUAAGUGAACAACUGACAAACUUCAAUAUUUUUUUAUUUAUUUAUAUAUACAGGUAUACAUAGUUUUCCGCAUUGUACGCUAGGUGAAGCCCGCAACUUUGUCCGCGUGAUAUUUGUUAUUGUUUCGAUAUUAUAUGGUACGUAUCGAUAUAUGUACCUACCUAUUCAUUAAGUCUGGCAAAACUGGACCAAUAUUAACAAAUAACCUGUCGUUCUCGGUCUUUGCCUUAAAUCAAAAUAAUGUUACUUAAGUAGGUAGUGUACUUAGCUGCAUAAGUUACUAUAGAUUUGGUCAGGACCUCUUUUUUCGUGAUUAAAACUAUCUAUAAUGUUGACCGGGGAUGUAAGGUACUGCCAUACAAAAUUUCAUUUAAAUCGAUCCAACAGUUUCGUAGAUUAGCCCGUACAAACAGAGAAACAAAAAAAGUAAUCUGGAUGUGUUCUGUUUUACUUCUAACAUCCCCCUGUGUAGGUUUGUAGCGUUUUUUUCCUAAGUACUUACAUACAUUCCCCUUAUACAGUUUCGUUAUAUGUAUAGAUUAUAUUGUAUUGUAUCUUAAUUAUGGCGUAAAUAUUUAAAUAAAUAGGUAUUAAUAUAUACUCAAGUAUAUUAUAAUAAGUUUCUAGAAAUAAUAAAGAAAAAUAUUAGUCACUAGGUUUUAUCCGCGGCUUCGCUCGCGUUA